AUGCCUCCGAUCGAUGAUGAGCUCCAUGAACGCUUUAACCUCUUAAAGCAGCUCUUUGGUUUUUCAAUUGGAAAGAUCGUGGAGGAAGAAGCCGUAUAUUAUAUCCAUCCUUAUCCGUCAAAGCAAUCCCUUCUUAUGGAGAUGCGUCUUAGAGAUGUAACGAUGGAUCUCGAAAGUUUCUCCCGACACGCUGGCCGAUCAACCAUAACGACGGAUGAUGUGUUACUCGUUACAAGAAGGAAUGAUGCCUUACACGAUAUCAUCAAGGAUUUCAUCGAUCAAGAGAAAGCGAAAUCUACCAAUGAAAAGGGAAAAGGUCGCACGAAGACCAAAUGA